GCUCCUUGUUCAUCCGCCCGGUAUCCGCGCCAUCCCUUUACCUCAGGCACGGAUUCGGAACUCCGAGGGCUUAUAGACCCCUUCUGGGGCCGCAGCCUCCGUCUGCCGGGCUCGGGGCCGCCAUGGCCGGCUCUUUGCGGGAGCCGGUCCGCAGCUGCAGGCUGAACUCGGCCCGCGCCGGCGGGGACGGUGGCCGCCGUGGGUCCUGCAGCUUCUCGUGUCUGCGGGCGCUCUGAAGUCCCGAGUGCCCUACGUGGUCCUGGCGAGGUCACCAUGGUGCGCAUGAAUGUCCUGGCGGAUGCUCUCAAGAGUAUCAACAAUGCUGAGAAGAGAGGCAAACGCCAGGUCCUCAUCAGGCCAUGCUCCAAAGUCAUCGUUCGGUUCCUAACUGUGAUGAUGAAGCACGGUUACAUUGGUGAAUUUGAGAUCAUUGAUGAUCACAGAGCUGGGAAAAUUGUUGUGAACCUCACAGGCAGGUUGAACAAGUGUGGAGUGAUCAGCCCUAGAUUUGAUGUGCAACUCAAAGACCUAGAAAAAUGGCAGAACAAUCUGCUCCCAUCCCGUCAGUUUGGCUUCAUUGUACUGACAACCUCAGCUGGCAUCAUGGACCAUGAAGAAGCAAGACGAAAACACACAGGAGGGAAAAUCCUGGGAUUUUUUUUCUAGAGAUGUAAAGCAUAAAUAAAAAGCCUCCGUGGACUAUG